CUUAAUGAAGUAGCCAUCUGUGGAAGAUUCCAGAUCCCUAGAUAAAAAUGGCUUUUCAUGUGGAAGGACUGAUAGCUAUUAUCGUGUUCUACCUUCUAAUAUUGCUGGUUGGAAUAUGGGCUGCCUGGAAAACCAAAAAUAGUGGCAGCACAGAAGAGCGCAGUGAGGCCAUAAUAGUUGGUGGCCGAGACAUUGGUCUGCUGGUGGGUGGAUUUACCAUGACAGCCACUUGGGUUGGAGGAGGUUACAUCAAUGGGACAGCUGAAGCAGUAUAUGUACCAGAUUAUGGUCUAGCUUGGGCACAAGCACCAAUCGGAUAUUCUCUUAGUCUGAUUUUAGGUGGUCUGUUCUUUGCAAAACCUAUGCGUUCCAAGGGAUAUGUGACCAUGUUAGACCCAUUCCAGCAGAUCUAUGGGAAACGCAUGGGUGGGCUUCUAUUUAUUCCUGCACUCAUGGGAGAGAUGUUCUGGGCUGCAGCUAUUUUCUCUGCCUUAGGAGCCACCAUCAGCGUGAUUAUUGACAUCGAUGUUCAUGCUUCUGUCAUCGUCUCUGCGCUCAUUGCCAUUCUGUACACCCUGGUGGGUGGUCUCUACUCUGUGGCCUACACGGAUGUAGUUCAGCUCUUUUGCAUUUUCAUAGGACUGUGGAUCAGCGUCCCUUUUGCACUGUCACAUCCUGCAGUUGCAGACAUUGGGUUUACUGCCGUGCAUGCCAAAUACCAAGAGCCUUGGCUGGGGACCAUUGAAUCAUAUGAAGUCUACACUUGGCUCGAUAGUUUUCUGUUGUUGAUGCUGGGUGGAAUCCCAUGGCAAGCCUACUUCCAGAGGGUCCUCUCUUCAUCCUCAGCCACUUAUGCUCAGGUGCUAUCCUUCCUGGCAGCUUUUGGAUGCCUUGUGAUGGCUCUACCAGCCAUACUCAUUGGGGCCAUUGGAGCAUCAACAGACUGGAACCAGACUGCAUAUGGGAUUCCAGAUCCCAAGAGUAAUGAAAAAGCAGACAUGAUUUUACCGAUUGUUCUGCAAUAUCUCUGCCCUGUGUACAUUUCUUUCUUUGGUCUUGGUGCAGUUUCUGCUGCUGUUAUGUCAUCAGCAGAUUCUUCUAUCUUGUCAGCAAGUUCCAUGUUUGCUCGGAACAUAUACCAGCUUUCAUUCAGACAAAAUGCAUCAGACAAGGAAAUCGUUUGGGUCAUGCGAAUCACAGUGUUUGUGUUUGGAGCUUCUGCAACAGCUAUGGCCUUGCUAACAAAGACCGUGUAUGGGCUCUGGUACCUCAGCUCAGACCUCGUUUACAUCAUCAUCUUUCCGCAGCUGCUUUGUGUGCUCUUCAUCAAGGGAACAAAUACAUAUGGAGCUGUGGCAGGUUAUGUUUCUGGCCUUUUCCUGAGAAUAACUGGAGGGGAGCCAUAUCUGUACCUUCAGCCCUUGAUCUUUUAUCCUGGUUAUUACUCUGAUAAGAAUGGUAUAUAUAAUCAGAGAUUCCCAUUUAAAACACUCGCCAUGAUUGCCUCAUUUUUAUCCAACAUUGGCAUCUCUUAUCUAGCCAAAUACCUAUUUGAAAGUGGAAACUUGCCACCAAAAUUAGAUGUAUUUGAUGCUGUUAUCGCAAGGCACAGUGAAGAAAACAUGGAUAAGACAAUUCUAGUCAGAAACGAAAAUAUUAAAUUAGAUGAACUCGCACCCGUGAAGCCUCGACAGAGCCUAACUCUCAGCUCAACUUUCACCAAUAAAGAGGCCUUCCUUGGCCUUGACUCCAGUCCAGAAGGGUCUGGAACUGAAGAUAAUUUAUAA